AUAGAUGGUUACAGUACUUUGGUAGCUAGAGCUAUGCUAUAAGCUAGCUUAAAGCUCAUGCAACACCCUGUGAAGGCACCGUUGGUUGUUUAUUAAGUUAUUUUCCCUCAAAAUACAUAAGAAUCUUCUUUUGCUGAUACAACUAUAGACAAUAUAGAGACAAUAUAUUUCUCCUCCUUAAGUUAGAUAGCAAACAUUUCUGUAAAACCAACCAAAACAACUGGUGUUAGUAAAGAUAAGCAAAUGCUAGCUAACUUAGGCUUAAGUAGCUAUUUUAUGUCUGGCUAGCUUAAAAGUGCUCCUAGUUAGUUUAUAGUAGUGUGUACGAAAAUGCUAAAUAAUGGUACAGCUAACUAGUAAUGUCUGUCUUAGCUGCUGAAGCCAGCUAGAACAGCCAACAUUAAUAGAGAUAAGCAUAUAAAAGGUAACAUUUAACUUCCCAGAACAUCUCAAAUAGAUGCUAACUAGCCUGUAGGUAGCUUAACAAUGCUAAACCACUAAGUUGGAACAGAUUUUUCAAUCAAAAACUCCCUGUACGCCUUAUUGUGUUGUGACAAACUGCUACGCUACUAGCUAGCUAAAACUCUCUCUGAAUGUAAGUCCUGAAUAAUAAUCACUUCUUCAGAAAUUGAAAUUAGCUGUUUCUCCUGUGUUGUUUGAUUUAGAUAUGUUUUCUUUUUCUGAUAGCUAAUAUUUUGGUGAAAACAUUGUCUCAUUCAGGGAGCUAACCCUUCAAUAGCUCUUUAAAACAAACCAAAACAACCAAUAUUAGUACAGAUAAGCAUAAACUAGCUAACUUUAGAGUACCAAAAGGUGGGUGCCAUCUUUUAAACUCCCUAUACACUUAUUCAUGUUGUAAUAAACUGAAGUGUAUGCUAAGAAAUGGAGCUAGCUGUUGAUGUCAAUGUGCUAAGGACCCAAACACAGCAGUGAGAGGUUGCAUAAUAUCCCUUCCAUCCCCUGUUGGGUAUCAGGCUGCAUAAACACAUUAUCUUUCUAACGCUGGCACCGGCCUAAUACUCUGCCCCAGCAUGACUUUCCAAUGGUGUGGUUGUGGAACGCAGUUUAAACAGUAACCCAAGCCAGAACAAACCGAAGAGCUAAAAAUAUCAACAGUCAACAGUGCGGCUGCUGUGGGAUUGAGAUGGGGGGCAAGGGAGGGUCUUUACAUGGGGGUUAGAUAAACUGGCAGAGGGCUAGAGGGAUGGACAGCUGGGGACACUGACGUAGUGACUCAGAACAGAAGACGAAGAGAAAAACCUCUAAAAUCAGCAGCAACAACAUCACCACAGACCUGUUUGGAUAUUAAUAUCAAGGAAAAAGAAGCUGGGAUAUUCCCUCUCUUGUGUUUAUCACCCUGUUACCCUUUUGACUUUCUGCUAACAAGCCAGAGGUGAUGAACUUUGCUCUCGGUUUCAAGCCUCCAUCAGCAGGCAGCUCCGGGCCCGGUGCUGGAAGAGGAGCCACCAUGGAGAACCUGGAGAAGCAGCUGAUCUGCCCGGUCUGUCUGGAAAUGUUCUCCAAACCUGUGGUCAUCCUGCCCUGCCAGCACAACCUCUGCCGCAAGUGUGCCAACGACAUCUUCCAGUCAGCUAACCCUCUGUGGCAGUCCCGCGGCUCCUCCAGCCUCACAGCGAGUGGCGGACGGUUUCGCUGUCCAUCCUGCCGCCAUGAGGUCGUCCUGGACCGCCAUGGGGUCUACGGUCUGCAGAGGAACCUGCUGGUGGAGAACAUCAUAGACCUCUACAGGCAGCAGGAGUCCUCAGGGCUUGUGUGCAUAAAGCCUGGGCAGCAGCAGCAGCAUCUGAUGUGUGAGGACCACGAAGAAGAGAAGAUCAACAUCUACUGCCUGUCUUGUCAGACGCCGACCUGCUCCAUGUGCAAAGUGUUCGGGAAACACAAAGACUGUGAGGUGGCGCCGCUCAGCAGCGUGUACGUGACACAGAAGACAGAGCUGAGCGACGGCAUCGCGGCCUUGGUUGCAACAAACGACCAAGUCCAGGGGGUGAUCUCACAGAUGGAGGAAACCUGUCGCACUAUAGAGGAGAACGGACAGAGGAUGAGAGGACACCUCGCUGACAGUUUCGACCGCCUGGUGGCCAUCCUGGAGGACAGGAAGCAGGAGUUAGUGGGCUUCAUCACCAAAGAGCAGGACGAUAAACUCAAGCACGUCCGAUCCCUCAUCCGUCGGCACGGGGACGACCUGGACGUCGCUGUGACGCUGGUGGAGUCGGCGAUACAGUCGAUGGAGGAGCCGCACAUGCCUCUGUUUAUACAGAGCGCCAAAGUCAUUCUGGAGAACAUGGCAGCCUCAUCCCGGGCCUCGAACAUGGAGCGUCCAGAGCUCGGCUUUGAGAACAUGAACCACUUCACCAUCGACACCGAGAACCUGGCUGUCAUGCUGAUGAGCAUCGACUUCUGCUCGGGAGAUGAUGAAGACGACCCUGAUGAAGGUGAAGAGGACUCAGAACACGACUUCAGAUUUUAAGACCCAAACAAAGGUCCUCGCUGCGGUCCUGAGGAAUGGGACGGAAAUAGAGGUUUACCAUAAUCCUCCGGAAGAAAUCCACACAGUGCUGGAGUGAAUUCAGCCACUACGGACACACAACAACAACAACAAUGACAACAUGGACAGAACUCAAACAACACCUUUACAUACUUGAUCCAUCUGUGAUCCUUCCUGCAGCAGCAGCAGUGAUUCAUUCAGACUUAGCUUCCUGCCUCUUAUCGCCCGAGCAUUGUGUGUAAAUAUGUCUCUAAAUGUACAGCUCACAGGAUUUAUCUUCUCCUGGAUUUAAAACCCUCUUUUUAAAUCUCUCUGUCACAAAACUAACACUUCAGUUCCCUCAUGUCGUCACUUCUCUGGACGGUGAUGUUAUGUAAAAUGACACAAACAGAGUGUGAGGAUUAAAGUCAAUAGAAUAGA